UGUCUGCCUAGACUGUCCCCCACAGACUAGUGUCUGCCCAGACUGUCUCCCACAGACUAGUGUCUGCUCAGACUGUCCCCUACAGACUAGUGUCUACCCAGACUGUCCCCCGCAAACUAGUGUCUGCCCAGACUGUCCCCUACAGACUAGUGUCUGCCUAGACUGUCCCCUACAGACUAGUGUCUGCCCAGACUGUCCUCCACAGACUAGUGUCUGCCCAGACUGUCUCCCACAUACUAGUGUCUACCCUGACUGUCCCCCAAAGACUAGUGUCUGCCCAGACUGUCCCCCAAAGACUAGUGUCUGCCCAGACUGUCCUCCACAGACUAGUGUCUACCCAGACUGUCCCCCACAUACUAGUGUCUGCCCAGACUGUCCCCCACAGACUAGUGUCUGCCUAGACUGUUCCCCUACAGACUAG